CUGAGGCUAGAUGCUGAAAGUCCUUCAGAUAAACCUCCACAAAAGUAAAAACGCCUCAGCCGAGCUCCUGCUCAACAUAGAGGGAGUCGGCUACGAUGUGGCUCUAGUCCAGGAACCAUGGAUAGCGUCGGGCAACAUAGUCUCCGGUCUAAAGUCACAAAACUACAACACAUACAUCCCGAUUGUAAAAAAUAAGGUAAGAACAGCGAUAUUAGUCAAAAAAAGUAUAUGUUCUUAUAUUGAUCACAAUCUCUCUUCAGACGAUCUGACAGUGGUGGCGCUGGAGGGCUGCAAGGAUGAGACGCUACUCUUUGGGUCCUGCUAUAUGCCACAUGAUGAGGAAGCACCACAAGCGGAACUUCGGAAGCUGGUAGAAACAGCUGCCAGAAAGAAGCAUGCUCUGGUGGUAGGGACGGACGCAAACGCACAUCACACAGUCUGGGGAAGUGCAGACAUAAACGACCGAGACUUUAUGAUAUUAUUUUUGGAGCGCCGUACAAUUCUGUCACAUUACCAAAAUUCAAUGGGCGGUACAGCUGCGCAAGCAGAGUUGUUCUAA